AUGGCGGGUCCAGCUCCAGCAGCACGCUCAGGUCGAUACCAUGGAAGCCGCUUGAAACCCGUGGUGGACUCGCUCGAGACAGUCGGGUUUGUGUCCAAGGGGGACCGUAAAUUACUCGAGCACAUAGCGCAGAAAGACUACUUCGAAAGCAUUAAGCAGCGAUAUAUGGACUUCUGUGCUCGACAUAGCAACAACUUGACGAAUGCAUUUGCAUCUCUCCCAACCAAUGCGUCGGCAGACGCGACAAGGAAUCCGCCGGCAUCCCGUUCCCAAGUGUCUAGCAAGCCAACAGGACAGACUGGUCCUUCCCCCGCGGCGGAGCUAUCCACGCUUCUCCUGUCUCUCCGCAAGCUUCGAGAAGCCGUGCUGGCCACUGCGUCCAAGGUUCCCGUUUCGUUCCAGCAGCAAGUUCAUGUCUUCUCCAUAAAGCUUUCCAUACGAGCCAAGCAUCCACCAUCGUAUUUCCCUUCCCUUCGUUAUAUAUUGGAGACGUUACAUUCAACGUCGCACCCAUUACCCGAGUCGGAGUUGAGGGAUAUUAUUUCAUAUUUGAUCCUCGAUUAUGCUUGUCGGCAAGGGGACAUGACGGCUGCCUUCGAGCUGCGUGCACACUCGCGAAUCCAAUAUGCUUUUCAGUCGGAUGACGUCGACCGUGUUCUAGCCGCGUUGACGCAUGACAAUUGGAUUGUGUUCUGGCGGGUCCGGCAGCAGGUAGAUUCAGCCAUGCGGGCGGUGAUGGACUGGGCUGAGGACCGUGUCAGGAGGCAUGCAUUGAAAGCCGUUGGCAGUGCAUAUCUCAACGUCCAUGUUGACUGGAUUGUCGAGGGGUGUACGGGUGACAAGAAACAGUGGACAUGGGAGCAUUUGGUGGACAAAGAAGGCCUGGGUUGGCAACUGGAAGGUGACAAGGUCAUCAUUCGCAAACCUAAACCACGAGUGGCACCGCCAAAAGGAUAG